AUCAUGUGAAAGAAAAAUUUUGUGCUGAGUUUCGGCGAUUCCGGCCAGGCGCCAGCUGAACUUUCAAGAUGUCCUACUCCUAUAGGUAUGUCAUAGUAGGAGGAAGAUUUCCAUGGAGUAAACCUUCCGUGCAGCGUACUCAAUUGAUUGAUAUUGGGUUCUACCAUCCAUCUGGAAGUGAUCUAUACAGCCUAGAUCCAGAUAUAAAGAAACAAAGGGAAAUGUUAUACAGCCAAGAUCCAGAUAUAAAGAAACAAAGGGAAAUGUUACAAAGGAUGGACGCAAUCAAUUCGGUAGCUCAUCUAUUUCUUGUGACAAAAAAUUUGGCACGGUCGGAGGCUGCAUUAGAUAAACUCUCGGAGCUUCUGGGAGAAGCGGAUAAUAAUGUAGAAAAAACAGUGCUGCCAGUAUUCUACGGUGUUGAUCCCUCCGAUGUACGACAUCAAACAGGAAGUUUUGCUCAAGCCUUUGCAGACCAUGAGAAAAAGUACAAGGAUGACCCACAAAAAGUAAAAAGAUGGAGAGCUGCUUUAACGAAACUGGGAAAUCUUGCAGGCUGGGUUUCAAAGGACUGGCACGAAACAGAACUCAUUCCAGCAGUUAUUCAUAAGAUACGGAAACAUGUGCCGUCAACACCUGCUUGUCGACGGAGGCAUGAUGUCUUUCUAAGUUUUAGAGGGAAGGAUACCCGCUUGAAUUUUACGAACCAUCUAUAUGCUGCAUUAAUUCAGUGCGGAAUUUCCACCUUUAGAGAUGACAUAGAUCUUGAGAAAGGAAAGUCCAUUCGCAAACAACUCGACAAAGCAAUUGAGGGAUCAAAGGUUUGGGUUGUCAUCGUUUCACCAGACUAUGCUUCCUCAAAAUGGUGCUUGAAUGAGCUUUUGAAGAUUCUUGAAUGUAGAAAAGCAUCUAAAGUGGGAGGGAAGAAUGAAACUUUGAUGAAGCCAUCUGCAGAAUAUGAAGAACAAGUUCAUACCCUGGUGAAUGGAGACAAAACACAUAAGGGGAAGGCUAGUUUGCGGAACAAGGAAAACAUCACUGAUCAUAAUAAAAGGGAAAUGGGUGAGUUCAGACUUGGUGUUACCUAUGGCGGAAAGUGGGUUGGUUCUGUUUACAUAGGUGGUAGGACAGAAGAAAUAGUGGUUUCAGAAGACAUUACUUAUAAUGAGCUUCUAGAUCAACUGUAUCAUAUUGUUGGAGUAUCUCCAAAUGAAAAUGAGAUCAAGAUCAGUACGAUUGAUGAAUCAAAAUCACCAGCUUAUCCUGUGGAGAUAAUCAAUGAUGAUGACCUCAAAAAUUUUAUUGAUCAGAGCAUUUCUUCCGAUAUGCACUUGAAGCAUCCAUUGCCAAAUUCCUUUGAAAGCAGGAGUAUUGAAGUUAGAGUUUUGGUUAACCAUGAUGGGGAGUGGGUGAAUUCCACAUAUGUCGGUGGCAAAACGAAAGGAAUAAUAAUCUUAGAGGACAUUACGUAUCAAGAACUUGUUGAUAGAGUGUAUGGUGUUGUGGGAGUUGAUCCAAAUGAAUAUAAGUUGAUUCUGAAGACUGCAUAUAAAUCAAAUCUACCUACUCAACCUGUGGAGAUAAUCGAUGAUGAAGGCCUUGCAUUUUUCAUCCACGAUGAGAAUCUUUCACUGGGUAUGAGCUCCAUAUUUACUUUGUGCACUACUCUUGAACGACGGGCAUUUCCUAAUGGAAGGAUGGAGACGUCAUCACAAAAUAGUGCUACGUACGAUGGAGUCAUCAAAAAGUAAUUGUACAACACAUCUGAGGAGGUUUGGGACAUAUCAGAGUUGCAUUCCUUCUGUGACACCUGAUCAGAUGCCUUAUCUUCAUACUCAAGUUAGACCGUCGUCACCAAAUGUUCCUUGUAUGCAGCAGCAGCAGCAACAACAACAUUCUUACCAACAAACGAUGUCUCAGCCUUGCUACCAGCAAUAUCAACCAUCCUUUCAGCAGCCGCAGCCUCAUUACCAACAACUUCAUCCUUCCUACAUGCAGCUGCAGCCUUGCUAUGAGCAGUAUCAACCAUUCUUUCAGCAGCCGCAACCUCCGCACCAACAACUUCAUCCUUCCUACAUGCAGCCGCCACCACCAAUUCAUCAAGUGCCUUACUCGCUUUAGAUGUUCUGGAAUGAUGCAACUUGAUCUCUUAUACUUUUCACACCUCCUUUUAAUUAACUUUCUGGUUACAAAACUUGCUCAAUACACCUGUUAAAUUCUUAGAGUAACCUUAAUUCCAUAUAAAACUUGAAUGUUUUACUCUUUGGGUUGUCGGUUUUGUGUCCAACCCAUUUUC